CUGGUUAUUAAUAAUGUAGGUUAUGUUUACUCGCUAUACUAAAAUGACAGCAGCAUGUAAUUUACUAAACCUAUUUCGAUAAACCUCUUAAAAUAUGAGUACGCAAAAAGGCAACACGAACCGUUCGAGGCCACAGAAGUACAAAAAUCGUACAGUUUUUAAAAAUGACCUGCACGACAAGACGUACAACGAGAAAGUUGUUAACAAAGUCGAGUUCGAGAACGUAUGCGAAAGGUGUAAGGAAAUAAUACAAUGGAAAAUCAAGUAUAAGAAAUAUAAACCGUUGAAAGCACCGUCGAAGUGUAUAAAAUGCGAAGAGAAAUCUGUUAAGUACGCGUACCAUAAUGUUUGCACACCUUGCGCCAAGCAAUUCAACGUAUGCCCAAAGUGUGAUAAAGAUGUUGUUAUAGAAGAAGCAUUAGAUACGAAGGAGUCUGUCGACACAGAAUCGCCGUCAAACAUAGAAGAAUUACCUAAACAAAUAGAAGAUUGGAGCGUGUCUAAUAAGAAAUUAUUAUUCAAAUUAAAAUCAUUCAUUGUUAAAACAGAAAAUAACAAUAAGUUUGAUAGCUAUGGUGAUUCAGAUGUAUUUACAUAAGAAAUAAAGUAUAUUUCUACAGUU